CCGGGCCUCUGGCGCUGACGGACGGCCGUGGUCUCCCCCGCUCCCCGGAGUCUCCGGCCCAGCGGGAGAAGGAAGCGAAAGCCCUUGAGAAAAGGUCUGGACGUCAGGCUCCGGAGCCCGUCUGGGAAUCAGAGAGGGAGAGGCGGCCUCGUGAUGCUGUUAGUCUGGGAAGCCCGGUCCCUCUUGUUGCUGACUCUCCUGAUAGCUUGGCUGACUCCGCAAGCUGAUAGCAACGAGGGCAGCAUCGUUGGAAGUUGUCCUUGUAAUAGAAGAUUUUCUUCCCACUCCCCUCCAAACGGCCGAUACAUGGGACAACUGCAAAAGCGCCUGAAAGCCUAUCAGUGGUGUAAUUCCUAUGUCAGGUUCCAGCUACCCUUGGGAAGUGUGUGUGGGGGCAGCAGUGACCGGUGGGUCCAGGAACUGAUGCACUGCUUUGAUCGCAGAGAAUGUGGACUUGCUUACACCAGCAGUAUGGCCCGCCAGAGGCAUUUACCUUCCCGCAGCACCCAGGUUCCUGACCCCAUGGAAAGGGCACCUUCAGACACCAGCACCCCUACCCAGAUGUACCUGCCAGACACCCUGCAGUCUACCCAGCCGUCCACCCUUCCAGCAGACUUGCUGUCCUCAGACCAAAAGCUCAUCCUCACUAACCAAACCACCAUGUCCUCUGUGGGCCACAGUCUGGGGGUUAAGCCUGAGGCCAGGGAGAACCAGAAGCAGGGAAGCAAGCUGGAAGAAAAUGUGGGCCCUGCAGCUGGGACGUCAGCCAUGGUGCCGGUGCUGUCCCUCUUGGCCAUCGUUUUCGUCCUGACAGGAGUCCUCCUUUAUGUGGUGUGCAAGAGGAGGCGGGAGCGCUCGCCACAGCACUUUCCAGAUUUGCAGCUUCAUUAUGUACCUGUGGCAGGACACCCCAACGCUUGAGUAAGAGUGUAACCUUCUUGAGAGCCAAUUAUGAUUUAUCAUCAAAUGCAUUUAAUAUACUGGAACAAUUACGGGUACAUAGUAGUCACUCUCUAAAAAUGUAAUACGCAAAUAACCAGCCACUGCCCUCUUAGAGCUUCCCUCUGUUCAUUUUUUUUCUAUGCUAUAAUGUAUAGUUGCUUUUUAUAUAAGAUAUCUUGGGCAAAUUCUGUGUGUAGGUAUCUUUAACUACUAAAACUUAUUUUUCUAA